AUGUCUUCUUGCAGUACUAAGAGGCCUAUUCUCAUUUCGUUGCCCACAAACAACUGCGCGAGGAUCCUGUUAUUUCUGAAGCUGUUCGGCUUCGACGAGCCUGUGGACGUAAAAUCCCCCAAAGAUUUUGGCGGACUGAAGUCCCCAGAAUAUUUAAAGAUUAAUCCGCAAGGAAAGUUUCCAGCUUUGAUAUUGGAGGAUGGUUCAACGUGGUUUGAGUCGCAAGUGAUCCUGGAAUUGUUGGCGGACAAAUUUUUGCGUGCCUCGGCACCUGCGAAAUACGACGACUUCCGAGGUGGCCUAACUGUCGAGGGCAGGGCACAUGUCAACCUAUUGUAUGGCACAAAAGAGAUGAACUAAGUACUUAUGGGGUCAAUGUACUCUAAAACAAGAAAAUUGAGCUAUUCAUUUGUUGUUUUUAUCUAUGAAUGUGCAUAGCCAUUUUUGUGACAUGAUUCUCUUCGCUUGUUUUUUCACGACCUGCAAAAAGACUACGCCCUGAGCAAUUUUCUCUAAGUAUUGAUUCGCGUCCACGACUUGUAUCUUGCGAGCGCCAAUUGCAGUCAGCCAGGGUACUUCGCAACGCAGGCUUCCUUGUACAAGGCUGAUAUGACCUUGAAAGACCGGAGUGCGCGCGCCGUCGAUCUGGUCAAGCAGCUUGAUGUCUUGGAAAAUCUCUUUCAAGCAGCACCCGCAAACCUCCCAGCUUUGACAAUGGCUGAUCUGGUGCUCUAUCCGACUUUUCUCUAUGCGAUAACGCUUAAUAAUUAGUAUUAGUUUUAAACACUGCGGAUGCCACCUAAGAGGCAUGUCGAUUUCUUUUACAACAAACCGAGUGGUAGUUUAAGAACAUCGUACACCUGCAAAUUAUAAAAGAUCUUGGACAUGCAACUCCUAGAGGGUGACCCCCAGAGUCCGAUACACGUAGUUAUAUAUAUUUAACAUUGUUGAACAACAACAAGUAGAAGUACGAGAAAACGGAAACCUGCGAGACUAAGAGUAAAAGAACAGAAACAAGCUUCUUCUAAAUUUUUUUUUUGGUUCCUUUGACUUCGGAAACUUUGAACUGGCCACGUGAAGCCGUGUGGGCUGGUCGGCCUUCUCUGCGAGCAUGGUUCGACCGAUUUGAGAAGAUGACGCCAGCGUUAAGUCCGGUUUGUGAUGCUGUUCGCGGCUUCGUGCAGAGCGCUUUCGUCGAUUCCGGUAGGCUGGCAGCGAUCAAAGGACAAGUGCUCUCAGAAGAUGGCCAGCAGCUGUCAUGGGGCGUCGACAAUUCUAGUACUUCAUGAAAAACCUACCGACAUUCGAAUGAUUUGCCCCUUCCCACUAAACGUAAACGGUGGUGACAAUAAUUUUUUUAAAGUGCUGGUGAUGAAGAUACUGAUAGCACAUUACUAGAGACGCACUUCUGAAUCUCAGUCGAUCUUGUUCUCCAACAAGCCUUUCUCCG